UGGAAGAUCCUUGCUAAGCACAAAUUUUGGUUGCAUGAACAUGGCAAGUUUCGCGGGAAACAUCGGCUUCAAAAUCUCGUGCCAGCUUCCGUCUCGCGUUUUUUCAAUUACCCGGACCAUUUGGAAGUUUCAGAUUGGAUGCUUGAAGUGCAGAGACUUUAGUUCUUCUUUUCCUGUUUGGUACAUUUCUAACACAUCCUCCAGGGUGAAAAUACCUGAAACUACUGUGCUAGUUAAAAGCCUGGAGUAUAGUAGCUGUCCUGAUGUUAGUGUGCUGAAGAUAAAUGGUGGAAAAGAUGUGCAUGCUACCAUUGCGCAUUGUGAAACUUCUCAAAGUCCAAAUGAAAUUCACAAUGACUUACUCUUUGAUGACAGUGAAGAAGGUUCUGGACAAAUGGAAGAGGUCAAAGAGGCUGUUGAAGAGUUGACAAUCCAUGAGGCAGGAGACUCUUGUGAGCAGGAUUUAAUACAAAUUGAAAAAUUUACCAGUGAUGUUGAGCAAUCAGCUAUUAAAUUACUUGCAGCUAGGGCACUCACAGCAGUUGAGUUGAGAAAGAAAUUGCUUGGAAAGAGAUUCUCUCCUAAUGCAGUGGAGGCAGUGAUAAACAAGUUCCAGAGAAGUGGGUUCAUCAAUGAUAGGUUGUAUGCUGAAUCAUUUUCUCAAUCUAAAUGGUCUUCGUCAAGUUGGGGGCCAAGGCGGAUCAGACAAGCACUGUUCAAUAAGGGAGUUAGUCAAGCUGAUGCUGAGAGGGCAGUUGAAGUUGUUUUUAAGGACAAUGAUUGUGCUGGAGAUCAAAACUCAGUUAAUGGCUUGUCAAAGCAUUCCAUAGAUCAUCUUUAUGCUCAGGCCUCAAAGCAGUGGUUCCGAGGUCAGAAUGUACCCAAGGAGACAAGGAAAUCAAGGAUUGUUAGGUGGCUUCAAUAUCGUGGCUUUGACUGGAAUGUCAUUAACUUCAUAUUGAAGAAAUUAGACAGGCAGGAGCAGAAUCCUCCAUAGUGCACAUACAAUUGGGAUAUCCAAAAUUUAUACCAACCUGGAAAUCCAUUGGUGGGGUCCAUACAUGUUUCUUGAAAUGUAUAAUGUGUAAUAUGGUAGGGUUGAAGCCUCCAUUGGCUCAUAAUGUGUGGCAAGAAAACUAGUAUUUCAUUGCUUCAAUUUGCUCAAGGUCAUAUGGCAUGUCUGGAUACAUUGAAGAUACUUUUUUUCACAUUGAGGCUGAGACAAAGCAGCAAGCACCACUAAGGAGGUGCUACUUAUGAAGUUAUGAGUCAACUGCUAUCCAUUUUUGGAGAUGUGGUGCUUAUAUGAUCUUGAAACAAUUGCCACAUGCUUAUUUUAAAUGUGUGCUUACGCAAGAAAUAUUAUCAACAUGGCUAUCCAAUUACAGCCAGCAACUAGCAUUAAGGCUUCUAGAUCUGAAUGAUUGCCAUUAAUAUGAUAUAAUGGCGUCUAUUGUAUUAUUUCAUAAAGCGAUGGAGACAUCCAGGGCCUAGUUGGAUGCAGAAAUGCAAUUCCCAGAACUUUCACUAACA